AUGCAUUUGAUAGAAUCAGAAUAUCGACGCUUCAAAAGUGAAGGUUCUUCAGCUGGAGUUUGUUCUUUGCCAGCUCCUGAAAUGGAUGUAACAAUUGAUGAUUUAUCGCCAAUCACUGAUCCGCGAUCAUCUCCACCAAAUCGGCUAAAUUUAUUUCAGGAUACAGUAACUAAUGGACCAUUAACAAAGCAUUCUCAUACAGAACAAGUGAUGAUGAUGCACACCUUGAAGACAAAAUUAUCAAAAUACCAAAACUUUAUUGAUAAAGCAUUCGAACACAUUGCUCAAGGCAGUGAUGAACAGAUUAUUGAGGGAUGUACAAUAGUAGCAAAAGUGAUGACAAAAGCUUGGAUGUUUCCGAAAAUUUCUCACGACCUAUCGUACGCUCUUUGUGAUUAUCUACGUGAUCAGAAUUAUCUUGACUUGCUGGUGAUGAAUUUUAUUAAAGCUCAGACUUGUGAACCAGUUCGAUUAGCUUGUGGAAGGGUCUUGGAAGAAUGUCUAUCUUUGAAUAAUCGAGAAUAUGUUGUUAAUAGAGGAUUCUUGAAAAAAUUGGUAGCAACCGCAGAGAAAUUAAACAAAAACCCUGAACAACAGCGAAUGUCGUUAUCUAUAAUGGAAAGCUUAUUUAAGCAUUCAACCGCUACUACUUAUAGGUUAAUUGAAUAUGGUGUAUUAGACCACAUUUUAUUGACGUGUAAACGUGCAACGGAAACACCAAUUACCUUGAGACAUGCUGCACUCGCACUUGCAAACUUGUCCCUGUACAGUUGUUCUGAGGCAAAAAAGAAAAUUAUUCAAAAAAAGGUACCAGAUUGGUUAUUUUUGCUUGCAUCUCAACCCGAUGAUAUCACACGGUAUUACGCAUGUUUGGCCAUUUGUAUGCUUGGUAGUACAAAAGAGAUGGAAGCGGCAGUGAAUAAGUCAGGAACUUUAGCUCUAGUAGAGCCUUUCUUACUAGCCCAUCAGGCUAUUACUUUCGCUGGAGAUCAUUACAAGCACUCACAAGGAAGGCCUAAGGAGUGGCUUGAAAGAUUGCUGCCAAUGUUGAAAUCAAAAUGUCGUGAAGCUCGAAGCAUCGCAGCAUUUCAUUUUACAAUGGAAGCCACAAUCAAGAAAGAUCAACAGAAACUUGAAGUUUUCCAAGAGAUUGGAGCAAUAGCAGCUCUUAAGGAAGUUGCAUCUAGUCCAGAUGAAGUUGCGGCCAAGUUUGCAAGUGAAGCUUUAACUGUCAUUGGAGAGGAAGUACCUUAUAAACUUACUCAACAAGUACCGUGCUGGACAAUUGCUGAUGUACAGUACUGGGUGAAGAAAAUUGGUUUCGAAUCAUACACAGAUGCCUUUGCUAAACACAUGGUUGAUGGUGACUUGUUAUUGUUGUUGACAGAAAAAGAGUUGGAACAAGACCUUCAGAUGUCUUCUGCUUUGCUUCGAAAACGUUUUAUACGAGAACUUGAGAGCCUCAAAAUUGCAGCUGAUUACGGAAGUGUUGACGAAAGUCAGUUGGAUCAAUUUUUGAUGUCACUAAGCCCCGAAUUAUCCGUUUAUACUUAUCAAAUGCUUGGAAUGGGUUUGAAUCGAAGUUUAUUGCCUUCUUUAACCGAUGAAAUGAUGAAAACAGUCUGUGGUAUGCAUAAUCCUAUCCACAGGCUUAAAUUAAGACAAGCUUUCAAGCAUAUUGAUGACAUUGAAGUAGCAAUUUUGAGUAAGCAGAUUGACGUAUUUAUAAGUUAUCGACGUAGCACGGGUAAUCAACUGGCCAGCCUCAUCAAAGUUUUACUUCAGCUCAGAGGUUAUAAGGUGAUAAAUUAUCAACGUUGA